AUGAAUCAAACUACUCUCUCUAUCCUGGAACAAACCCAGCAAGCGGUAGCAUUCCUGGCUAGCCAACUUCCCGAUGGGCUACAAAAGCCACAGGUUGCAGUCGUCUGCGGUUCUGGACUAAGUGGACUAGCAGACACCGUUCAGGCAGGUCCUCGUGUGGAAUACGACUAUGCAUCGAUUCCUCAUUUCCCCCGUCCUACAGUCGCUGGACAUGCGGGCAAGUUGGUCUUUGGACUUCUGGGUCAGAAGAUCCCUGCAGUUUUUAUGGUUGGCCGCGCUCACUUCUACGAGGGAAAUUCUAUGGACCAAGUGACCUUUCCAAUUCGUGUGUUCAAACUACUUGGUGUGAAUACGGUUGUGUUGACCAAUGCGGCUGGAGGCUUGAACCCGGAUUACGACGUGGGCGAUAUCAUGCUUCUAAAUGAUGCAAGUGGAAAAUCUUUUAGGUUGCAAAGUUUUUAUUCAUAUUUGCUAACUACUAUUCAGCACAUCUUCUUGGCCGGUCUCGCAGGAGUACAUCCUUUGAGAGGUCCGAAUAUCGAGGAGUUCGGUACUCGUUUUCCACCUCUGUCAGAUGCAUACGACCUUGAUCUGCGUCGUCAUGUUCACCAAACAUGGAAGGAGAUUAUUCCUUCGCAGAAAACAAGAAAACUGCACGAAGGAGUGUAUGCCUUCGUGGGAGGUCCCACGUACGAAACAAGAGCUGAAAGCCGAAUGCUUCGUAUGAUGGGAGCCGACGUGGUGGGAAUGUCCACCGUGCCAGAGAUCGUGGUGGCAAGGCACUGUGGCCUUCGGGUGCUUGCAUUCAGCUUGGUCACCAACAAUGCAGUGUUGACUCCAGUGCCCCGGGGCGAUGAGGAAUUGCUCCAAGGCAAAGAUGCCAGUGAGCUCAACGCAAUUCUAGAAGAGGGCAAGGCAGGACACGAAGAGGUCUUGGAGGCUGGUCGCACAGCGGCUUUGGAUAUGCAGCAACUGGUGACACAAACCCUUGUCAAGGUUUUCAGUCGUACAUAG